GGUGAGAUUAGUCACGAUUCAGUGGCAGAUUAGUGGUAACACUUCCUUUUGAUAUAUUUAAUAUCUCUGUAUAAUUCCAACCAUCCACGGAGAACUUAGAAGUACCGAUUUCCCUUCUUGGCCAAUAAAUCGAAAUAGUCAAUCAAUAACGAGUCUCCAUGGGAGAACUAUUUUGAAUGAGCAACCACAAUAUAUAAUUGCACAAUUGUCAGUGUCAGUCUUUGGCCACCUCUCCAUUCGCACUGCGCCGUGAGUUUCCAAUGCGGAAUGUAAUUGGAUUAGGCAGCAACCAAGUCCGAGACCCAUUCUCAGUUUCAGUCCCAAUUGCAAAGAGAACACUCGUUGGUGCUCCAGAUUGCCGAGAAUCCGUGGCCAAACUGCAGAAUUUCAUAAUCUGGAAACAUGAGCAAACCGAAUCCCUCAAAAAUCGUUUUCAAGCGGAAAACGAGCAUCGGAAGCAAAAGUAGCCAUGUAAUCGAUUAUGAACGCAUCCAGGGGGAUUUCGAAGUGGUGGCUCCGACUUCUUUGCCUCCAACAGUUGCACCACCCAUUGGGGGUCAAGGAAAACUAAUGUUGAAACUAAGCUCUGCUAAGAUUUCCCUGCGAAAGAACUCACGGAGUCCGUCGAAAAAUCUUCAAGCUGCUCCCAUGGUAGAUGUUGUUCGACGCAAGUCAGCACCACAGAUCUUUUCCUUCUCCAUUGCCCCCAAAAGUGAAGCGAAUUCGAAAAUACAGCAAACAAUAGUACCAAAACUACCAGCUUUAGCGCCAAUUAGUUCCAUGCCACGGUCAAGGACUUUGGGUUUGUCCAAUGGCGUCAAAGUAGGAACAUUUGGGAUCACCACUGAGGAACUUGCACUUCAAGACAGGGACAGUGGCAGUGAGCCCACCAGUAGCUUGGCCGGAGGCGGCAGCUCUACGUCUCCUGAAUCUCUACUAGACAACAUUCUUAGUGGCGCCUCUUCCGUUUCUGUUCAAAGUAGCAGCAGUAGUCAGGCAAGUAAUGCAACAGUGGCCCAGCCUAUCAAAUCUAAGGAGCAGCUGCAUCCUAAGAGGUUGCUAAGCUUGAAGGCUUCACCGGAAUUGAGGAUAUCUCCCCCAACACCAGACACUACCCAACCUAAGCUGCAGAUGCUACCUCAGCUUCUUCUUACAGUCUCUCCGCGAGCAGAGAUUUUUGAUGCGCCCUCACCACUUGUUAGAAGCCCCUCACGAUCGCCAGCGGUCUCUCCCGAAGUUUCACCAUCACCCAGCAUAACAUUGAGACCCAGUACUCCUCCCGAGAACACCAUUAGCUUUACGGAUGAUCUUAAAUGCGGCAUAUGCCUGGAUGUCUACACGGAUCCUAGAACCUUGUACUGCCUGCAUUCCUUUUGCCUGCAAUGUCUGGUUAGCGAGAACUUUAAAGACGAGUCUUUGUGGGAGCCAGACCCAGCCCGUAGUGAGGAUCCCUCAAGCUAUAGUCUAAGAUCCGAUAUGGGUGGUUCGAGUGCUGAACUCACGGCUACAAUUGCACCUGCCAGGCAACGAGGAGCAAGUUUCAGCCUGAGAAGAAAAAAGUCCAUGGAUCGGCUAGUGAUCAGGUCCAAGAGUGAAGGGAAGCGAUCGACUAGUUCCUUCGGCACCCGUUUCACCGGAAGCUUUGUAAGCGAGGCGUCUACCCGAUGUAUUCGUUGUCAUAGCUGUAACUAUCCUACGGAUCUUCCGUUGGGUGGAAUACGACAGCUUCCUCAAAACUAUUUGUUAGUAAGACGCAUUGAGGCCUUGCGACUGAAGGCUGGAGAGGAUGUAAUAUCCAAGGUUUGGUGCUCUCUUUGCACCGAGGAGAUCAGCGCCACCUAUCACUGCAUCAGCUGCACUUUGAACCUCUGUACAUUGUGUAAGGAGGCACAUGAGAGACAAAGAAGCACCUCAAAUCACCGAAUGAGAAGCAUCCUGGAACUAAGACGCGCCAGGAAACAAAAGCAACAGCAGCUGGGAUUGGGAGACAAUAGCAAGCUGGUGCUGCGAUGUGGAAUCCAUACCAGCUUCGAACUUAAGGCAUUCUGUACCCACUGCCGGCAAUUAGCUUGCACCGACUGUUUAGUGUUGCUUCAUAAAGGCCAUCGACAUGAAGCCAUUUCCCGGGCCAUUACGCAUCAGGGAAAACUCCUUAAAGAGGCUACGGACCAAACUCGACCCCUUUGUCAAUAUGCAGAGCACUCUAUCGAAAGGUUGAAUUCUAUAGCACGAGGUAUCAACGACAGAUGUGACGAGAUCCAGAGUCAAGUAGAGCGAUAUAUGCAGAAGUACAUCGAGGCUCUGGAAGUGCAUCGUAGGACCCUUCUUCAGCAAAUCAGUAGAGCCAGGGAAUCCAAAGUAGAAGUUGUGGUCAAGCAGCAACUGGAUUUGGAGAAACGUACUCAGCAGGCCCAAGAUGCAGUACGAUUUAGCCAAGAGUUGUCCGAGAUCGGGGCCGAUGUCGAGAUCCUGAGCUUUGUUGCUAUACUUCUUAGGCGCUUGGAAUACUGUCAACAAUUUAAGCCUCCAGUGGAUCCGAAAAUCUCCGACUCCCUGCACUUUCUUCCAAAAAUAAGAGCUCCGUCGACGAAGGACCAGCGAGAUAUUCCUCUAUAUGGUAUUAUCACCAUGCAGGUGGUGGAACCUGGCUUGUGCACCUUGGAAUGGGAAGGUUUCUCUCAGCUGCGACUCCACAAGAAGGCAGAUCUUCUGCUUCACUCCAGAGAUGCUGAUGGGGUUUCCCUAUGUCACGGUGGACUCGAGAUUAACUGCAUGUUGAAAUACAAGGACUCGAGCUCCAAGUUUCUGCCCGUAGAAGUAUCGGACAAUCGGGACGGGACCUACAACAUCUCCUUUACGCCGGACGCCCAGGGUUCACUAAUUCUCACGAUCACGAUAAACGAGCGACCAAUCAAGGGAGGCCCUUUUACCUUUCAGGCGCGUCAGGUUCGCCCGCAUACGGGAAUAUACCACUGCUGUUCUUUCUGUUCCGGAAAAGGCAACCGGAAUGUGAUGUGCUCAUGUGAAGGACGAAUGCCCGGAUACAUCGGCUGCGGUCAUGGACAUGCAGGACAUCCGGGAAGACGCCACUGGUCCUGUUGUGCAAAUGUGCUAGAGAACUCAGAAUGCAAUGUGGCUAAUAAACUUCUGAAUAACUAG